AUGGAUAGUCCAACAAAUAAUCACAACAAUGCUAAGGAAUGCCGAAAAAAACAGAAACAAUUCAGCUUAAGAAGAAUUAGAUUAUCUUUAAAAUAUAGACCUGAUAUCUACAAGUUAAUUAUAAACAUGAGACAGUGUAUAAGAAAGAAAAAUGCCUUAUUGAAAAGUUUAAAACAUAAAUUAAAAAUUGAAAUUAAUAAAACUUUAACUUCAUGUACGCAGACUAAUACUUAUAUGAUAGAUAAAAAAACUGUUGAUGUAAAUAUACAAAGUAAAACAGACUCGUAUACCCAAACUGUAGAAUUAGAGGCUACACAUUCUUCAAAUCAAACAUCAAUCCAAGAUGCCAAAGACCUAAAAUCAACACCAUGGAAUAUUCAAUCCAAUGGUGAUAAUGAAAAAAGCAUUGCAGAGCAAGUCAAAGAAGUAGCACAAAGUGCUCUUCAAGAAACUGGAAUGGUGUACGUUGAAUCUGCAGGAAUGUACUAUGAUUACAAGACUGGUUAUUAUUAUAAUUCUGAACUUGGUCUUUACUACCACACUGAUACUGGAUGUUAUUACUACUACUCUGAUGACAAGAAAACUUUUGUUUUUCAUUCAUAUCCUGAUAAGAAUGCUGAAUAUGAAUCUUUAAAAGCUCAUGAAAAGAGAAAAGCUAAGAAAAAUAAAAAGGUUGCUAAAGAUGACAUUGAAAACCUGACCAAACAGUUCACUCAGGAAAAUGAAGAUGAAAGCAAACCAAAGAAACGGAAAACUUCCAAGGAAAAUGUAAGAAAAAUGGAAAGUGAAGAUCCUUCUAAUGAAGAGAAAACAGAUACUAAAAGUGUUGAAACUGAAAUUGAUGGAGACGAGGAGAAGAAAAGUGAAGCACUUAAAGAAGAACUGGAAGAUGGUGAAUGCAGUGACACAGCUAGUGAAUCAGAUAACGAAAGCACAUCUACUGCCAGUGAUGAUGAAUCUGUUGCUAAGCAUCACCCACCUUGCAUGCGCGUGAUUGUUCGGGAAACCAAUUUACCUAAGCUGAAAGUAGGCAGUUUGUAUCUCAUAACCAAAGAUGGCGGAACACUUGGAAGGGAGGGUGACCAACAUACUAUUAUUAUAAGGGACCAUAAUGUAUCUAGAGCCCACCUUGAAAUGAAAUACGACAUGGAUAGAAGAGUAUAUGUGGCUGUUGAUUUAGGGUCUAGAAAUGGCACAAUUCUAAAUGGAACUCGCAUGUCGGAAAGUCAAGAAAGGAGCAGUCCCAUGGAGGUAGUUCACGGCAGUACAAUCCAAGUGGGGGAAACUAAGUUGCUGUGUCACGUGCACGCGGGGAACGACACCUGCGGACACUGCGAGCCCGGCCUCAUCAUGGAGGGUGAAGAAAAAGAAAAAAUAGCGUACACAAGAACGUGCAGUGUCCAGAAACAGCAUCAGCUAGAGUUGGCGAGGCUAAAGAACAAGUACGCGCCGCAACCACUGGCCAUCGAAGAGACGGCGUACAACGACCGCGCGCGCGCGCGGCGGCGGGACGUCGGCUCCUCACACCACGCGGAGAAGACGCAGAGCAGUGAUAUUAACACGUUCAUAGCAGAGGAAAACAAAGGCUUCAAGUUAUUGGAGAAAAUGGGCUGGUCUAAAGGAGAAGGUCUCGGAAAAGAAGGUCAAGGAGAUACAGAGCCGAUUCCUAUCAUAAGCAACGACGGUAAAGCUGGGCUCGGGUCGACCAGCCAACCAGUGGCUGUAAAAUCGAAGAAAUCUUUAGGUCCUGCAACACUUCGUCUCGCCGCUAGGACCAAGAUGUUGCAACCACCAGCCAAAGCUUUUCAACAACCAAUUGAAGAAGAUUCCGAG